CAUAAGUAAAAUAUCAGGCACAAAAGGACAGCAAACCAACGGCGCAACCGAACAAAACACACAAACACCACCAGAAUUAGAGCGGCUCCCAAGCUUUGCACAAAUAAAUACUCAACGAACACAAGUAAGUGCACGACUGUUGUGUCAACUAUCAAGCAAGCGAAGCAACCCCCACCACCAAAGCAAACCACUACUAGUAGUUAGAACAAAGCAAAGCACAGCAAAGCAACCAUGGGCCCUCCUCUGAAUUUCUUCAUGACGCGUCUCCUGUUUAUGGAGAAGAGCAAGGUGAACAGUUUAAAGGCCAAGUCGGACAAGGCGAGUGUCGAGAUUGUGGUGGACAAUCCGAGGAUACUUCCGGAGGCCAAGGCCAAAUCGUUGCCUCCCAUUCCGUUUCCUCCCGCUGCUCCUGACUCUCCUGUCGCCGUGGAAGGCUGGAAGGGGGUCAAAGUGGGCGGAUGGAUUAGUGGAUUUGGCGGCAGCAACAGCAAGCUCAAUCUUCCGGCUGUCUACGAUGAUGACAUGCCCGCUGCCAUUGACGCCUUUGACGACAUGAAGGUAAUAAUGGACGAUGAUAAUACGGAAAUGACGGAAGAAUCCAAUUCGACGACCUUUGACGUGGCACCCGCUGCCAAGUCGUCUCCCAAGACGCAGCUCUUUCCGGCCAAUUCGGCUCGGAAUAAUUUGAGCGGGAAAAAGAGCGGCAGUAUCGGCCGCAAGCUGGGCAAGUCGCUGCAACGGCCUUCCAUGAAAAAGAAGGGGUCGAGUAGUCUGAUGAGCAAGAGCAGCGGGCACAAGGAAGAUGGUAAUAACAGUAGCCCUUCGAGUAGUGGUGCCGAAGAUUAAGAGAAAACCACGAGGUCGUUUUGGAUUUGGGACGAGAACAUAAUGUUUUGGAUAAAGGGAGCAACGAGCUAGAAGUAGAGGCGCGGAACGGAAUUUAAUUCGUCUGCCGACAUGAGCAGCAAGACGAAACGAAAAAGACACCAGCACUGGUUGAAGGUCCACAUGCCGCAAGAGCUCUCCGCUUGGCCGACGAGCUUUUCUACCUUUCCCCCCAAGAAAACUGUUCUUCUUUUUGCUAUCUACGAUUGUACCUGUUGUAGAAGCCCAUGUAAAACACUACUUUAAUUAAAAUAAAAUAUAGAGCAAUUGCGUUGUCUUCCU